CAGCCACACAUCCAUCAGACAUCCAACAGACAUCCAUCAGACACAAUACACUUCUUUCACCACUAUAUUUGUGCUGUUUAAUCACUGAUUGAAUCUUACCCACCAUCCUGAUAAUAUAAAAGAGUGGCAACAUGUGCAAACUCACUCUAACUGCAGGUCUCUGUUUGAUCAUCGCCAGCUUGGCGUCAUCCUCCAGGCUGGUGUGUUACUAUAACAGCUUGGCUGAAGACAGAGCAGCGUACGGGAAGGUCACAGUUUCAGAUAUCGAUCCAAACCAGUGUACCCAUCUGAUCUACGCCUUUUCUGACAUCAACAACAAUGAGCUGGUCAACAGCACUGCAAGUAGCAUAGACUAUCAGUCCUUUAACAGACUCAAAACCAGAAAUCCACAACUCAAAACCCUUUUGGCAGUGGGUGGCUUGACCUUCAACAUACAAAAAUUCAGUACAAUGGUGGCAGAACAACAAAACAGAACAAUAUUCAUCCAGUCUGCGAUCACACUACUAAGAGAAUAUGGGUUUGAUGGGCUAAACCUUGACUGGAGGUACCCCGGAGGACCUGGAAGCAAACCACAGGACAAUCAGAGAUUCACACAGCUGUGCACUGAGCUCAAAGAGGCCUUUGUGGCUGAGGGAACAGCAUCUAACCGUGACAGAUUAAUCAUCACUGCUAGUGUCUCUGCGGAGAGAGCAACCAUCGAUGCCAGUUAUGAAGUUGCACAGAUUGCCACGCAGCUGGAUUUCAUCAAUGUGCUGACAUUUGACUUCCAUGGCCCCUGGGAAAAUGUCACAGGACAUCACAGCCCCUUAUACCAGGGAUCCAAAGACACUGGAAACAAAUCCUACUUUAACACUGACUUUGCCAUGCGCUACUGGCGGGACCAGGGAGCACCUACACAAAAGCUAAACUUGGGGUUAGCGGCAUACGGGCGAGCUUUUGACCUCUCCACUAAUUCCAGUGAUGUUGGAGCACCAGCCAACGGUCCUGGUGAAGAAGGCUGCUACACUGGUGAAGAAGGAUUCUGGUCCACGUAUGAGACUUGUCUUUAUAUUGAAGGGGUUCCAACCCAACUGAUUCCUGAUCAGAAAGUUCCAUAUGCCACCACAGACAAUCAGUGGGUUGGAUUUGACAACAUAGAUAGCCUUGAUACUAAGGUCAGUUACCUAAAAACUAACAACUUUGGAGGAGCUUUUGUCUGGUCUCUGGACUUGGAUGACACUAGUGGUCAAUUCUGUAAAAUUGGCAACAAUCCCUUCAUCAGCCACCUGCAUACUCUCCUGCCCUACCAUCCCUACCACAACUCCCCCUACCACACUUACCACAACUCCCCCUACCACAACUACAACUCCACCUACUACAACUACCCCCACCACAACUACAACUCCACCUACUACAACAACUCUCCCUACCACAACCACAACUCCUAUCACAACUACAACUCCACCUACUACAACUACAACUCCCCCUACCACAACUCCACCUACUACAACUACAACUCCCCCUACCACACCUACCACAACUACCACAACUCUCCCUACCACAACCACAACUCCUAUCACAACUACAACUCCACCUACUACAACUCCCCCUACCACAACUAUCACAACUCCCCCUACCACAACUCCACCUACUACAACUACAACUCCCCCUACAACUACAACUCCACAUACUACAACUACCCUACCAUCCCUACCACAACUCCCCCUACCACACUUACCACAACUCCCCCUACCACAACUACAACUCCACCUACUACAACAACUCUCCCUACCACAACCACAACUCCUAUCACAACUACAACUCCACCUACUACAACUACACCUCCCCUACCACAACUCCCCUACCACAACUCCACCUACUACAACUACACCUCCCCCUACCACAACUCCCCCUACCACAACUCCACCUACUACAACUACAACUCCCCCUACCACAACUCCACCUACUACAACUACAACUCCCCCUACAACUACAACUCCACAUACUACAACUAG